GUUAAUGGCGGCAUCGUAGCUGUGCUGUGAUUGGCCGUUGCGAUGGCUUCCAUAUUUUAUAUUUAUUUUUAUCACACAGAUCUAGGUAUUUUACAUUGUUGAGGUUCGGUUAUUUUAUUUUGGCGCGUCGCAAGGCGGCGCCACGGCUGUUUACUGUCUACUAACGUGAGUCACAUUUCAUCAAGGUACGCUUAUGUUGUCUACUUCUCAUUGGAACCUCGUUCAUCUUUGUGUGUGUGAUAAAUUUACGUGCCUUCUUUGGAUUAUUUAAGUUAUUGGUGGUUUAUUUGCGGCUAACUUCUCUGUGUGACGUUGUAAAUGUGGUCGUUUGUUUGUGUUGCCCGUAGGCUAUCAUCGUCGCAUCAAGGUGUUGUUCAAGUUGCUUUUCAUGUCUAGGAGUGUCUAUAUAGUGUUGAUACGUGUCUAUAUCUGAUUUUCUUUACCCCUUUGGUGGGUGAGUAUGCUAGAUCACGGGUCAUUGGUGACAGCAUCAGCUACGGACUCUUCGUUAGGAGGCCCUAUUGCGGCUUUGGAGGCUGAGUCUUGUGGGAGCAAGGGUGAUCCUCGUUCGUCCCUUCCUUCCUCUCCAAAUUCAGGUUUCCCACAACCCCAUAAUUCGCAUGCUGAUAACCAACCCCCCGAUUUUACACUUUCCGGAACACUAAAUUGUGGUGCACCCGACAUUUUCGAAAAGUCGGACCCUACAUCGUCGGAUGCUACGGAGGGCAUGUUAGCACUAUUCAACAAGAAGAUGGCAUCUUUAGGACAGGAGACGGCAGUUUUACCAUUGCUCAACACUGGGCAUGUUACUGGUAAUGCUCGUACUCCCGACAAUAAGGUUGCAGAUGAUGCAUCUUCUUUUGGAUCUUCGUGUAACAGAUCGAUUAGUGCCCGUUCGGCUGUUGAUGUUUCAUCGGAUUCGUAUAGAUCAGCACUUUCUGGUAAUGCACGAUCCAGUAGUAUGGGCGUUUGUGUGGUGCAGUCUAAUAAUUUUGGGUUAUCUCCUGAGGAAGCUCUUAAGAUGUUAUCAGAAUGUGAAAGUAGUGCCCCUAAUUCUUCCCGUUCAUGUCCCAAUGAAGGGCACGAUUCCACGUCACCCAAGAACGUUCCUGAGUUGACCCAUCCAGAUUCAGAUCGCAGUGCUGCUAAAGAGAUUGAAAAUCUCGAUGCAGAUUUAUUAGACUUUUUACGGUCUCAAAAUGCCCAGAAAGCUCCCACUUCUCGCCUCCCACCACAUGAGGAGGGUAAUCGCCCAGAGAACAAACCUGUCAAUCGUCCUUCUGUAAGUGCUUCUGUGCCUAGUAACCAUUCGGAAUCUUCAUCUUCGAGGCAGAGCACUGCCAAUCCUUUAUCGCAUAAAUUCCAUGAUUACAGUUCCUACUUUAGGGAGGAUAGUGAGACCCUAUCGAAGCUACGUGGUUUAUUUGUUCAACCUAGUUUUACAGAGCCUAGAGAAGAUGACGCUGAUGCUGUGUAUCUUGAUGAUCCGGUGGUAGAAUCAGACCAUGACUUGGAAGAAGCUCCUUCCAUUAUCGAAUGGAUGCCCGAUGAGCCUAGAUGGUCUGAUGACUCAGCUGACCUUGGGUCUAACAUAGUUAGUCUUUUUACCGAUUUUACUAAUUCAUUCCCUACGGAUGGGCAUGGAAGCUCAUAUAUUAUAUCUGACCAGCUUGAUAGUGAUGAUGACGUGAAUGCCAAGGUGCGUCAUUUGCGUCAUGUUCAUGAAUCUCUUUACACUAGUUCUGACAUUGCGAGUCUUGGCACCAUUGAGAAAUUUAUGCUUGAGCUUUUGCAGCAAGAUAGUAACUUUGGUACAUUGAGUCCUUAUGGUCGUCUGUUGGCCUUUAUUAACUUAUCUGCUUUGCGUCGUCAUAUGUCUCAAUUAUCGGCACUUUAUCGUCAUCCUGAGAUGGAGGUGGUUCGUCGUGUAAUGCGUCAUAACAACGCUGGUGCCAUACGUAAGGCUUUACGCAUAUCGGAUGCUGUUUCCAGUGGUCAAAUGAAUGACAAGGCUGGCACUGAGGCCAUACAUGGGUUAAUAGAGGAACUUGAUCGCAAGCACCCAUUGGUAUCAGAUGAGCGUUUUAAUGACACAACUCUUCAUUUUGACGGAGAAACAGCUUCGGCUAUGCCUUCAUCUUCUGGUCCCACCAGAAGCGUUGGUUUCAAUCGCCGUGUCAUACGUAUGCUUGAUGAGCUUGCUUCUCGAUAUCGUGCUGGUGGUGAAUCUCAUUUCCCUCGCUACGUGUGUGGUGUCAUUGACCGCAAGCGUGUUAGCUUCAGUGAGACGUUGAGCCUUCCUUUUGACAAGGGCGACCGUCGCAACAUGCACGUUCAAUUCGAGCUGUUCACACCUAUGGAUUCCACACCAUGGCCUGUAAUUACUCAUUUACCGACCACUUUAAAGGAGGGUCUUCGUUUACAGGUUCUUCCAAUGAGGCAACAAAGUCAAAUGUAUUGGACAGUAGGUACUGUAAAAUCGGUAUCUGCUGGUAUGCUGAUUGUUGGUGUUGACACCACAGAUGUGAAAGAGACUGGCCGACUUGUUUUAUCUGACCGUAUGUAUAUGAUGCGUAAUUUCGUACCUCCCAAUGUGCCUUUGACUAAACUGGAGAAAGCACAUUGGCGCAUUUUACCUCGUCCCUUUGACGUAGAGAGUGACAUUUAUAUAGGUUCGUGCAUUAGCGUUUUCGAUCCUACAGUUGGGGGUUACGUUGAUCGCGUUGUGGUUAACAUUAUUUAUGAUGACAAUAACCGUUGUUGCGCGCCCGUCAAGCCUCCUCAUGAAGAGACAUUAUUUGAGUUUCAGCCUCCGUCAUCAGGUCUCCUUAAAGCGGAAGACUCUGUGAAAUCGCAAGGUUUAGGCAUAAAAUCAACUUCUGUGAGCGACAAAAUGGUUCUUACAGGUAUCCGUGAUGAUACUCACUGUUCAGUUUCCGUUGACACCGGCAGUUUAAGUGGUGACGACAUCAUUAAAGAUGAUGAGGGCAAUUUAUCACCUAACGACGGUUUGCCAUACAGGGAUUCCGUUAGUUCCUCGGCCCAAAGUGGCUUUACAUUCAGUACAUCUUCUAUUAGUGAAGUUGACUUGUUGGCUGUUGACUCACUUGAUGUAUCAUCUCCUAUCAUUCCCACUUGCCAUUGCAACGGUUACAGUUUGCGCGUUUUUGAGGGUCGUUGUUCGAGAGAUCACACACUUCGCCCUAAAAGGGUAGUCCUCUGUUCUAUUUACGACCGCAGUGACGUGACACUGGAUGUUUCGUCUAUUAAAGGAUACAAGUUGAAUUAUGAUUUGCAAUCGCACUUUGACUGUGGAUCAUCUCGGUAUAUUGGUUCCAGCAGUACUAUUUUUCAGCAUUCUGUCUGGGUUGUUCCGCGUACUUUGUCAUCUACUGAGGUUUUCAUUGAUCCUUCGGCUAGGUCUACCGUUGGUAGUAGAUGGUUUUUUGAGCCAAAGCAAUGUUUGAUGAUGUUCCCAUUUAACCGUGGUAUUGAUAUUUUACAGGAUAUCACUCGUCUCAUUGCGUUUUUGCAUCCGGAUUUGAAUUACAUGGCUUUGUGUGCUGGUAUAUGGAACAUUCGUGUUUUUGGUCGUACGUCUGGUGAUGUUCAUCCUGUUCCUCAUUACACUAGUCCUGGGACGGAUGCUUUGUCAGGUCGUACUGAAGUCAUUUCAUUGACUCGCAGUCAAAAGGCUGCUACUCGUGAGUUGACUACACGUGACGUUGUUAAUGAGUCUUGCGCUGGUGUAGCUCGCUGUCGCAUAUCGUUAAUCAAUCGUUUGUUUGGAUGUACUAGCACUAUAAGUCUAUGGAUGAUUUUGGAUGGGCUAAAAGUUGACAGUGUGGAUUCAAGUGAGCCCACUUUAUCAAUUCACAUUCCUGAGAUGCCACCGUGCACUACAUGUGGCGGUGCUAUAUACGCUCGUGACGGUGUUAUGAAAUCCGUUGCUAAUAUGACUCUACCAUCUUACCGUGAGGUAACACCUUUAAGUUCGUGUGUUACUAUUGAUUUUGACAACACAGUGGCUGCUACUGUUGACGUGGAUGCUAUAUCUGACACUGCUGCUGACCAGCUAGAUGAUUUAAACAGUGAAUCUACAGUUGAUAAUCGCUCUAGGAAUGAAGGUAGUUCGGACAAGUCUACUGUUCCCAGGCAUGGUUUAAAGGAGAUGCGGAGCAUCGCCCACCGAUCUGGUUCUGGUAUUGACUUUUCUGAACUCAAGUCACCGUCGUUAGUUCCUUCCGUUGGGAAAGUCCCUAUUUCUUCUGCACGUUACACCUCGGUAUUUAGUGACCUGGAGUCCACCGAAGGUGUCAUUAAGUUGUUUCAAGGCCUUGCUAAAUGUCGCUGGCGUUUGAUUCGUGAAUUUUCCGCAUCUUGGAACUGCGACGACGAUGUAUCAUUCUCUUGCCCCCGUUCUAGUCACCCCCCCCUCACGAAUGCGAUACCACGAAACGGUGGUGUUAAGGGUGGUUUCAUAAAUAAAUUGGCGCAGUUUUUGACUUCUACUCGUCGCGCCAGGGAGACUACAAUUGAUAUGGAUUUAUAUCAUGAUGCUUAUUCAAGUUCACGUGAGCAUUUUGAUCCUCGCAGCAUAGAGGAAGUUUUAUUGCGCGGUUGGUGUGCAUUUCUUGUUGGUAAACCAUCACCAUCUGUUCCUUCACCCACCGCUGCUACUCAGAUCCCCAAAUCUACUCCAUUACCAGUUACUAAAGGAGGUACAUCUCCCGGUAAGGGUGAGGACUGGAUUUCUUGCUUUGACAUUUUGGGUCAGCACGACUUGCUUGCAGGUAAAUUCAUGAGUCACGUAUCUGACGACGAUUUGGAAGCCUUUGCUUUUGCUCCUGGCGGCCAUCGUCGUAAGGGUAGCGAGAAGCGUCCUCGCAAUUCUCGUGGCGAAUCUCCUGUGGGUGUUCGCUCCGCCAAUGUUGAUCAACGUCGUGUUGGCGUUGAACCAUCGCGGAAACCUCGUAGGCCCUCUAAGACUCUGAUAGGUCGUAUAACUGACACUGAGUACUGCGAAUUUAAGGACAAGCAAGUUCGUUACAAGUUCGUCUCGGUUGUUAAGUGGGACGAGGACGUGGAGUCUUUAUCCGCUAUUACGGAUAAAGUUCUGGCCUAGAGUUGCAAGACUUCUUCUUCAUCUUCUUCUGUAACUUCUUUAUUUGAAGUUGCUAGAUCCUUACCUUUUUU